AUGGCAUCUCAGCCGCAGAAACAGACUCCUUUCCUUGUUCAGACACCACAACAAUCCAUAAAAAGUGAAAAUGAGACCAUUCUGACGCCUUCGACCUUAAAGCCUCCUAAUGUUCCAGUAUUACGAAUAUCCAUACCGCAACAGUUUAAAUACAUUUCAGUGAUUACCCAAGGAUUUUUAACGGCGCACUUGUUCAUAACACAAAAUUCUCAAGCAUUUAAUAAUUCGUUCAGAAUUGCAA